UGUGACCUUGAAUAUAAGUCAAGGUCAUUUAUUUGAACAAACUUGGGCCAGGUGAGCUAAAAAUGACUAAGUGCUAUAGACAUAGAAUGGAAAGCCUCAACACCUGUUAAUGUUGAACAUCUCAGACUAGAGUUGAGCAAACAUCCGGAUAGGAUCUUCGUAGAAUAUCUAUGUACAGGAUUAGAGCAGGGUUUUGACAAAAUGGUUAAGACUGAUAUGGACCUACUAACUAAUGAAUGUAAAAAUCUUAACUCUGUAAGGAAAGAAGCAGAAGCAGUCACAGAACUAAUAGAGAAAGAAGUUGAGAAGGGAUUUUUAGUGGGACCUUUUCGACAGCCCCCAUUGGAGCAGUAUAGAGUGAGUCCGAUAGGAUUGGCAACAGGAAAAUACUCUGACAAGAAAAGACUGAUAGUAGAUCUGUCUGCUCUACACGAUGACAAUUACUAUUCUAGUGUGAAUAGCAUGAUAGAGAAAGAGGAAUGCUACCUUAGUUAUGUCAGAGUAGAGGAUGCGGUCAACCUUAUUCAGGACAUCGGUACAAAGGUAAAACGCUUCCGGAAGCUAGCUCCAAAAGCAGAUUUGGUACCACACAAAGUUCCCUUGGUGGAGGCAGUGUUCUGGACCUCCACAGUGUAGCUCAUGGUUUGUGGAGAACAUCUGUGGCACCCAAAACUAAGACAGCAUAUGAGACCAGUUUCAGAACCUACAUCAGCUUCCUCCUCCUACAGGGUGUCGUAGCAGUGUAAAACCUUACCAGGCGCCUCCAGUAAGUGAGAACCUUCUCGUGUUAUUCAUAGCGUACUGUUAUCAGUACUCGCAACUGAGUUACCACACUAUCAAGUUAUAUAUCUGCGGCGUUAAACAUACUUGUCUUCAACUCAAUGAUCGGCCAAAUAUAUCUACAAGCACGGAGUGGUCUCCUUGCCUUACAGCUGUGCUUAAUGGAGUAAAACGCGCACAAGGAGGUCCCAUGAAGACUUCCUGUUACCAUAGACAUACUGGUUAGUCUGUGUGCGAGAUGGAGGAGAGGUCUAUUUGGGGUAGCUACAGAUCUCCUUUUAGAAACAGCUUGUACAACAGCCUUUUUCGGGUUUAUUAGAUGUGGCAAAUUUACAUGUACAAAUAAAUUUGACCCCAGAACAAACUUAUGUGUGGAAGACUUGACAAUUAAUGAUGAUCACUUAAUUCUCAACCUGAAGUCAUCUUAAACCGUUCCGUUUCGAAAAGGUGUGUCUGUGUACUUAUUCAAAAACAGCAGAGGUGUGUGUGCAUACAAAAUCAUGGUCAAAUACAUUCAAGCUCCUGAUAUCAAAAGUGUUUCAGGCAAAAGUGCACUGUUAGUGACACAGGAUAAAGUAGCACUUUGUAGGAAGGUGUUCAUAGACUAUCUUAAGCGUUCACUUACAGAGAUAGGCUUAAACUCAGAACUGUAUAAUGGACACUCCUUCCGCAUCGGGGCAGCUACAUCAGCAGCUUCUCGUAACGUUCAGGAUCACCUAAUAAAGACAUUUGGUAGAUGGUCCUCUGACACUGUCGAUACAUCAAAACACCAAAAAGUACUUUGAGAAAAGCUCAGAUAGUGAUGGCAUUGACAAUAAGUGAUGACAAUUCUGUCUAAUGCUAGAUUUCAAUAAGACUUGCAAUACAAUUGGUAUAGAUAAUCAUAACACAUUAUCAAGGUAUAGGUAUAUUACAUACUGAUAAACAUAGUCAUGUAUGAAUUAUACAUAUGUGUGAGAUAUAUUGGGUAUACUAACAUGUAUACGUAUGUACCUACUAAUGUUGUUUGUUUAUCUUAAUUUCAAUUUUAUUUUUUGUUUCUUUCUUGUUAUUGUGACAUACAUGUAUAUCAACUUUAUACAGUGUAAUCUUUUGCAUUUUAGAGUGUAUUUAGCAUCAAGUUAUAAUUUAAGUAGCAACAGGUAACUGCAUUGCCCCUGUAUAAUUCAAUGAUCAAUAGUGGCUGCAGUUAACAGGACCACAUAACAGUAGGUUAUUGUCUUAUUAGUGAGUACCACAGGUACCUCAGAUCUCGGGGAGUAACCGAUGUAACACCAAGCACUCAGCAGCUUGUCACAUCUUAGUAGCAGGUAACACUUACUUCCAGUAGUUUGUAGCAGGUAACCGCGGUUAAGCACUGGUGCCUACAGCUACACCCAGCUAUAACGAUGUUACUCCUCAACCACUUGGCAGCAUGAUUAACGCAAGUAAACAGGUAACCGCUGUUACCUUCUAUUUAGAUGCACUGGUUACCAUGGUUACCUCCAGCGAGCAACUGCUGUUACUCCACAACCACCGAGCAGCAUGAUUAUCGUAAGUAGUACAGGUAACCGCAGUUACCUUCAGUAUUAGCACUGGUAGCCGCAGUUACCACCAGCGAGCAACCGCUGUUACUCCACAACAACUUGGCAGCAUGACUAACAUAAGUAAACAGGUAACCACAGUUAUAGGAAGCUUAAUUAGCAGUGUAUUGUGGAUGUACAUGUAUAGUAUAUGUUAUUGGAUAGGUAGUGUGUAUCGUUCGGCAGAAGAGUGGGAAAUAGCUAAGUUGGAGAGAGAGAAUACAGAAAUAUUGACAGUGCCGACAUUAUGUCCAUGAAUACAUGAAUGCGAGAAAGAACAAGAAUGGAUGCGAUGUAAUGUAAUCAGAGACAUGUAGCGAUUAUGUUAAUGCUUUUUGCUUUUUUUUGCAUCGCCUGAUCUGGUCAAGUGGUAUGUAGAUAUAUUCUUGCUAUGUAGUACAUAUGUAUAUAUAUAUAGGUAUCUUGUAAAUAAGAUAGCGAUGUUAAUUACGUUUAUAAUUUGUUUUAUACUCUCUUCUUGGGGGUAUUCAGCUGUGGUAGAUCCUCAUUUGGGCAGUUACUCAUUUUGUAAUUCGUAAUCCCCCAAGAAUUUUAUUCCGGGGUACAUAUAUGCUUCUUUCAUACAUUGCCCAGUCAACAGCUACAAUACAGCUGGCCGGGUACAUACAUGAAAGUAUUAGUAGUAAUAUCACAGCUGUUAUAUCCCCUUAGCCCAUAUAUAGGUAGAAUGUUUUCGUAAAUAAAUAUUAUUUGCUAAUAAUCUCAA